AGCCGCGUCAUCACAACAAACUCAAACAAACAUGGCGCCGAGUGUGGCGGCGGUUCUGACUGUUUCCGCGGUAGUUGCUGCGCUUCUGGCGCCGCUUUUCGUCGCCCUCCCGAGCGGAACGUGUCCGGCGGUGUGUCUGACGCUGCCCGCCGUCCUGCUGCUGCUGUGGGUCCGGCGGCUGCGGCGGCGGGACGCCAGGACGGACCGGCGGGUGUGCGUGCUGGUACUCGGGGACAUCGGACGGAGCCCCCGCAUGCAGUAUCACGCUCUGUCCCUGAGCAGACACGGAUACCGGGUUUCCUUCGUGGGAUUUUUAGACAGCAAACCUCAUCCGGACGUGAUGAAGGAGGAGAAGAUCCGGAUGGUCUCCAUGGCUGAAGUGAAGGCUGCUGGAGGACCCAAGCUCUUCUCGUACGCCAUGAAGGUGGUCCUGCAGUCUGUGCAGCUGCUCUGGGUGCUGCUGAGGAUGGAGCUCCAGGCCCACGUCCUCAUGCAGAAUCCUCCUGGGCUGCCUGGGAUUGCAGUGGCGUGGUUGGUGUGCGUCCUCCGCGGCAGCAACUUCAUCAUCGACUGGCACAACUAUGGUUACACCAUCAUGGCUCUGAGCCACGGGGCGGGGCAUCCUGUGGUCCGCCUGGCAAAGUGGUACGAACAUUUCUUUGGGCCUCUGGCGACCCAUCACCUCUGCGUCACCAACGCCAUGAAGGACGACCUCCAGAGGAACUGGGGCAUCAAGGCGAGGACGCUGUACGACCGGCCCGCCUCCAUCUUCAGGGAGACUCCACUGCAGCUGCAGCACCAGCUCUUCGUCAGGCUGGCUCGCACUCAUCCUCAGUUUCAGGGGUCCGAGGAGGACGAGGAGAGCUCCGUCUUCACCGUUCGAGAGCCGACAGGCGGCGCCGUGAGUCUGAGGACGAAGCGCCCGGCGCUCCUGCUGAGCAGCACCAGCUGGACAGAGGACGAGGACUUCUCCAUCCUGCUGAAGGCUCUGGAAGAGUACGAAGGCUUCGUUGGAGGCGGAGCGCCGCUGCCGGAUGUGGUCUGCGUCAUCACAGGUAAAGGCCCCCAGAAGGAACACUACAGGAAGCUGAUGGGGGCUCUGCGUCUGCAGCACGUUAAGAUCUGCACGCCCUGGCUGGAGGCGGAGGACUACCCGCUGCUCUUAGGCUCAGCAGAUGUGGGAGUUUGUCUCCACAAGUCGUCCAGCGGUCUGGAUCUGCCCAUGAAGGUGGUGGACAUGUUCGGAUGCUGUCUUCCUGUCUGCGCCAUCCGCUUCCGCUGCCUGCAGGAGCUGGUGAAGCACGAGGAGAACGGCCUGAUCUUCACAGACUCUGCAGAGCUGGCAGAGCAGCUGAAGUCUCUCCUCUCAGAGUUUCCUCGUCCCGGCAGACUGGGAGCCUUCAGGAGGAACCUGCAGACCACCAGGGGGCAGAGCUGGGACGAGAACUGGGACCAGAAUGUUCUGCCUCUGAUCACAAACCAGGGAUGAGGUCAGGAUGCUGAGGAGCCUGGAACAGCAUCACUCCACACUGCCUCCCGGUGGUCAGUCCGGGUACUGCGCUGGACUGUUAGUGAGGGGACGACACCGAGGGGCAGCUGCUUUAAGGAAAGAGGGGCAGGACCAGAAGAUGGAAGAACUUUCCUGAUGAAGGCGGACUUGAAUCCUCAUCAGAGACUUCAAGAGUUUGCAGGCUGCGGUUCCCUUCCUUCAUUCCUCUUUCCUUUGAAUGUAAAUAAAAACCGUCACACAUG